AUAAAAAUGGCUGCGUCCAUGAAAGAGAUGUCUUGUGAUUCCGAUCUCCGCCCGGAAGAACUAUUAAAAGACUUGACAUCACAAUUCUUUGAAAUGGUACCCGUACGAAAGAUUAAAUGGAAGGAAGAGCAAGCAUCGGCUUUAGUAACAUCUCAAGAUAUACAGCGCAGUGUUUUACGUGCGACUUUACAACAUCCUGUUUGUCUCAUAUAUCCACCAUCUUUAAGUUAUAGACGAUAUUUUAUGAAAACAUUAGUACACAAGUUGGAGGAAUAUCAUGCUGAGAUAUGUGACGAGAUUUAUGAAGCCUUCGCUGAUUUAUUAGAACAAAGAGAAGAAGAAGAUGACACAUUGUGUUAUAAAACAUAUACACUGCCAACAGGAGAUCAGAUAUCAUUACAAGAAUCAGUGAAUUUAGUUUCUCAGGGUACAACAGGUCUUAGUACAUGGCAGGCAGCUCAACACUUAACAGAAUUUGUAAUGGAAAACAAAGCCUCUUUUCAGAACAGGAAUAUACUGGAGUUAGGAAGUGGUCUGGGAUUAACAGGAAUUGUUACUUGUCAUAGAUGUAAACCACAAACAUACACAUUUAGUGACUGUCAUCCACAAGUAUUAUUUCUGAUGGCUAAAAACAUUGAAGCCAAUUUGACUCAAAGUGUUCCCAAAUUUCAACAGGGAUCAGACAGGGACAAAAAGAUAAUUCGUAAAAUCAGACGGCAGUUAAGCUUAAAUGCAGAAUCGUGUGCAGAAUUCGUUGGUGACGAGGCUAUUUUAGUUUCGCCAACACAAUCACAGGUUUUUGACGCAAAGUGUGAUGGCGAUGAAAUUCAAUCGGAUCCAAAUGAUUUAGAACUAAAUAUGAAAUAUUGGAAAUUGGAUAAAUGUGGUCUAUAUGGAACAUACAAAAAAGAUGAAAAUGUAAGAAUAGCAAAGCUAGAUUGGGAAAAUAUCAGUGAUUCUUUGAUGGAAAAAUUAAAACCGGACUUUAUUUUGGCAGCAGAUGUGGUGUAUGAUGCAUCUAUAAUGCCAUCACUUGUAGCUGUUUUACAAAUGUUACUUAAACCUAACGUAGAUACAGGACAAGUACCAGUAGCCUAUAUUGCAUCAACAGUUCGAAAUGAAGAUACAAGAGAUAACUUUCUUAUUCUAUUAGGUUCAGAAGGGUUGGUCUACACUAUCAUUGAACCACCGAAACUCUCUGUCUUUCACUAUGACCAAUCAGUGCCUAUUGAAAUCUUAAAAAUAUCUGCUCAAUAAAGCUAUCAGAUAAAAUAUAUCAGAUCUUUGAUUUGAAUAUUUUUGAUCAUUAAAGGCCCACUUUGAGAUAUUGGCGUAUAUUGUCUCCUGUUGCUGACAAUUCCUUAUCAUUCGAUUGACUUUAUUUUUAAACUUUGUGUUUAAAGUCAUGAUGCAAGGAAGUCUAUUUCUGAUAAUUACUGCCAGAGUUAUGGCUCUUAAUCACUUUGAAAAGUCUUGUGUACGCUCUAGAAGCUAAAGUUAUCAUCCGAUGGUCUUGAAUUCAUGAGACAAAGAAGCCUUUUGGUUUCCAUAAAUGACAAAAGAAAAAAUAUGCGACAACCCUUGUGGACUGCUUGGGCGACUUAGCAGAUGUAGGCAUACAUUGUAUGUAUCUUUGUCUUUUCUCGAUUGAGAUUCAAGAUUUAUAGUACAAUCCAAUUAAUAUACAAUGUAUUAAUGUUAAUGUGCAAUCUCAUUUAUUUUGAAUUUAUUGAAAUUAUGUUAUUUUGGGAAUAAGAGAUGUAUUUUUUUAUAUUCUAGCUCGGUAUCAAUGUACUCUGUUAUAUACACAAAUUUGGUUGUGUUAAAUAUUUUUGAGAAAUAUAUCAAUUAUGCGUUACCCCCGUUAACCCUUGUGGACUGCUCAGCGACUUAGCUGAUGUGGGCAUAUGUUUCUUUGUCUUUUUUUUUUGAUUGAGAUACAAGAUUUAUAAUACUAUCCAAUUAAUAUACAAUGUAUUAAUGUUAAUGUGCAAUCUCAUUUAUUUUGAAUUUACUGAAAUUAUGUUAUUUUGGGAAUAAGAGAUGUAUUUUUUUACAUUCUGUAUUUUUUUCUGUAUCAAUGUACUCUGAUAUGUACACAGAUUUGGUUGUGUUAAAUAUUUUUGAGAAAUAUAUCGAUUAUUAAAAUCACUAGUUAUCUCCCCCUUAUAAGGACCACCAUUUCUUAAAACUAAAUCUUUUAAAAUACACCGUUGGAAGCAGUAUAAACCACAUGUACUCUACCGGUGGAUGGGUUUGACGAAGAGAUUUUUGAUUCCAACACUUAUUUUCAGAUGAUAUUCAUUAAUUUGGACAAGCCUAUUUAUAGUUGACUGCUGGCAGAUUUCUGAGUAAAAACUUUGGGAAAUUGGCAGAUUGUUUUUGUUCUGUACAGUCGCUGAUACAAUCCCCCUGGGGAAGGGUGAGAAUGUCUUCACUACAUUUUGAAGCUCUGCUCAGUUGUUUUUCAUCUCUUUGUCAGGGAUUUUCUGUGUUCCCAUCUAUGGUGAGAAAACAUAGCUACGGAAUUGAUCCAGAAAGGAUGAUAUUGCAGGAGGAUAUCAAAUGGAAAUACCAAUGUCACAAACUCUCACAAUGAAAUAUGUAUGGCCAAUCCGACAAUUUGGCAGGAACAUAUCAAAUGGAAAUAAGAAUGUCACAAACUGUUUCAAAUGUAGUAGACUUUGCCAAAUGUUUUUGAGGGAAAUCAAAAUUUUCUGUCCACAAUUUCCAAAAUUCUAUAUCCGCACCUGAUGUCUAAAUUGUUACCUUAGUUACACCAACUCUCUGUGUAUUUCCAGAUAACUGAGAGUCUAAAUAGUCAAUCAUUAGGAAUGAAUAUAGUCUGUAAAAUAAAUAUGCUUCAAGUGUUAAUUAAAUGUUUUUCCCAUAGAAACAUAAACCUCAAGGGAAGUUACUUAUUAUUUUUUUCAGUUUCUUUUACUGGGGCACAAUUCCCGAAAAAUUUAACUAAAAUAUUUUAAGAACACAGCGAUUUCAUUGGUUGAGAUUUAAAAUCCUAGGACAAAUUUUAGCUCUUGGCCAAUAAAAGAGCAGAAUUCUUAAAACAUUUUAAGUUUUCUUGAAAAAGACCCCUGAUUACAUGUACAUGUAUUUAAUUAAAUAAUUCAAAUAAUAAUCACCAAGCAACCAACAAGACUGUAAAAUUAGAGUGGUUUAAUCUUUUUAAGUUUGUUGCUAGCGGAUUAUUUGCAUUUGAAUUAUUUACAAGGAUUUUUUCCUGCACCUCUAAGAUCCAAACUCACAAGUAUUGUUAUAGGGAUUCUUACACACUUUUACCACUUUCAGUGGACGUUUUUUUUUUUUAAAAUUAAAUAAUUCAUUCCAGAUAAUGAUAUAAAUUAUAAUUUUACAAGCUUAUUAAUAAUAGUAUUAAUUGUACAUUUGUUUAUAUAAACCUAUAUUUGUUGUUAAAUGUAUAUUGAUUGUUAUACUCCCACAUUUUCAUGUGGAUGUAUUAUGCUGUUGCCCCUGUCCGUCCAUUCAAAUUUUGUUUGUGGACACUCUAGAGGUGACAAUUUUUAUCCGAUUUUGAUGAAACUUGAAAUAUUGUUUGACAUCCCAAAGAUCUUGGUUCCUUUCGAUAUUGGCAUGUAUCAGAUCAUGGAUUAUGGUCCCUUAUUGUACGAAAAAUCAUGUUUUUAGCUUGUGGACAUUCUAGAGGUUACAUUUUGUAACCGAUUUUGAUGAAACUUAAAAUGCAGGGUUAUAACCUUAAGAUUUUGGUUCUUUCGAUAUGGUGUUAAGUAUGUAAUACCAAGGUUGUGGACCCUCUAGAGAUCACAAAUUUGAUGAAACUUAAAGUAAAUGUUUAUAUCCCAUGAUAUGGGUUCCUUUAAAUAUUGAAGCAUGUCGGACCGUCACAUCCUGGAUUAUGCCCCCUGAUUGUACGAAAAAUCGCAUUUUUAGCUUGUUCUCUGUCCAUCUCUUGCAAAAUGUGGGCGUAUCUUGCAUGUUUUUUUUUGUCUAUUAAGGUAUUUAUCAGUCUCUAGUAUUUUAUAUAUAUAUAUGUUCACACAAUUUUAGUAUAAAUUGACAAAAAUAAGGAAUUACUUGUCUUGUAUACAUAAUAUAUUUGACUGUAUGAGCUCAUUAGCAUUGAUGAAUAUAAUCAAGGAGUUGGUCCCUGUCAUCCCCAAAUCUCUGCACCUCACUGGAUAAAAUUCACAACUUAUCAACCAUUAUUACUGGUGUUGUAGCUAUUACUUUGAAAAGAACCAUUGUUUUAUUUGCAUAACACAGGAUGUUGUAUGGGCACCACUGGCAACGUAUAGGAAUUAAAUGUUUUUGAUGUUCUGAAAAUAAUCUGAAUUUGCAAGUAGUGUACAUCAUAUAGGCAAUACAAAGAUUUUGGAUAACAAAAUCUAGGAUGAAAAUAUCACCCAAGGAAGUAUGUAUAUAUUAACUCUCAUAUGCUGCUCUAGAUUUAUUUGUAGGCUUGAAAUUCCAUAUCUUCAUAUUCAGCAAACCCUGAAUGUUUAAAAGAACUUUUAUUAAAGGGAAGAACAAAUUUUUUCAGUGUCAUAAAUAAUAUAAAAUAAAAUAAAAACAUAAAACAUCA